AUGAUCGCCACUAAUGGUCACGUGGUCUGCCCUCUGGUCGGCUGCCAUAACAACGGUUGUCCGCAAGUGAUGCACGAAUGCAAACUCAAUGAUCAUCUAUCCAUUUGUCACUAUCAGAAGACUCAGUGCUUGAAUUGGUGUAACGGGUGUCCGGCGCUGGUCUAUUGGCGCGAUAUGAGGGACCAUCUGUUCCACUGUCCGGCCAAUUGGAUCUGUUGUAAAGUUGAUUGGAUGGUCACAGUUGUGUCGUAUGGCCUCAUUGAUAGUCAGGAACUGAAUUACAGUUUCACUUGUGGACAGAAUGUCCGUCGCGAUAAAUAUGAAGAGCACAUCCGCACUGUCCACCAAAAACAUGACCAUGGUGGUGGUGGUAGUGGUGGCGAUCUAGUGCCUCAAACACCCGCACAGGCCUACAGUGACGGCCAACCCGUCAGUAUGUCGUUAUUGCCGUUUGAGAUUCUGCAGAAUAUAUGCCAACAUUUGGACAGCUUUUCGCUCAACAAUCUGUCGCUGACGUCGACCCGUCUUCGGGACGUUUGCCGCACUUUUUUGGACACUAGAGGACUGGUGUCUCUCCAAUGGCAACGCAGUGUCAAUGAUAACGGGAAGUACUCCUGGGAUGUCGGAUAUAAGAAAUGGCGCUUUAGUUCGCCCGUCAGUCAUACCUUGUCGUUAACUCUGAACCCUUGGAAAACCUGUUGGACAGAGCCCAAACUUUGUACGCCAUACCCACCCGUCCUCUCAAUGAGCGCCUGA